GACUCUCACCAAGGUAACCCACUGAUAAGCACACCGUCACAUAAUGCGCAUAAAAGAUAAAAGGCUCACCUGCGAUAGUUUCGCGGGUGCUCUUUCCCCUUCCCUGUCUCCCACGGUGCGCUUUUUGUGUCCAUGUCGGAUCAAGUACUUCCUCAGGGUGCGGGUUAUGGUGUCGUGGUCGGAAUUGGCCUAUUUUUUAGUGCCUUCAUGCUCGGCUUAACGGCCAUUCAAGCCAGAUACACUGGGGUUUCUCCAAAGGACUCCGAGGAGUUUACCUCCGCGUCGCGAAGCGUAAAGCCCGGUCUCAUCGCGUCAGGAAUUGUUUCAGCGUGGACUUGGGCAGCCACGCUGUUGCAAUCUAGUGCCGUCGCUUACAGGUACGGCAUAUCAGGGCCGUGGUGGUAUGCCGCAGGCGCCACUGUUCAGGUCCUUCUCUUUGCACAGCUCGCUGCCAAACUCAAACUGAAUGCACCAUAUGCUCACACUUGGCUUGAAAUCGUUGCAGUACGAUGGGGGACAGCGGCCCACUUGAUAUUCAUGUUCUUUGGCCUUGCAACAAACCUAAUCGUUUCAUCUAUGCUGGUUCUAGGAGGUUCGGCUACUGUGACAGACCUCAGUGGGAUGAGUACCAUUGCUGCGUGUUUCCUAAUCCCCUUAGGUGUGGCGAUUUACGUGGUUGUGGGUGGCAUGCGUUCGACGCUGCUUUGCGAUUACACUCACACUACGGUCCUCUUUGCCAUCAUUCUCACUUUUGUAUUCACUGUCUAUGCGACGUCAGGGUACAUUGGUUCGAUCAGCAAGAUGCACUUCCUCCUCUCUGAAGUCUCGACAGUCGCUCCUGUCGCUGGGAACGCCGGUGGAUCUUACUUGACCCUACGUUCGAAGAAUGGCCUUAUCUUUGGCGUCAUAAAUUUAAUCGGAAACUUUGCCACUGUCUUCCAAGAUCAGGCAUACUGGCAACGUGCGAUCGCCAGCAGGCCCGCCACUACGGUCAAGGCGUACCUCAUCGGAGGUCUUGCUUGGUUUGCUAUCCCGUUCACGAUGGCCACUACCCUCGGGCUAUCUGCAGUUGCUCUAAGCGCCGUACCCGCGUCAUCGUCACCUGCGCAAGAACCCACCUCUAGCGGCUUCGUCCCCCUACUCCCUACCUUGUCGGAUGCACAAAUCUCGGCAGGGCUUCCGGCACCCGUCGCUGCUGCGACACUGCUAGGCAAGAGUGGCGCGACUGCAAUGCUUAUCCUGCUGUUCUUGGCUGUGACAAGCGCAACGAGCGCGGAGUUGAUUGCCGUCUCCUCCAUUUGGACCUACGAUAUAUACGUAAGGUAUAUUAAUCCGAACGCGACUGAGCAGCAGAUCCUCCAGAUGAGUCACAUAGGGGUUGCAGCAUUCGCGCUGGUGAUGGGCAUUGCUGGAGUGAUCUUCUACUACAUCGGCAUCUCUAUGGGUUGGCUUUACACAUUUAUGGGUGUCAUACUUGGGUCCGCUGUAGUGCCCAUCGCUCUUUGCAUCACCUGGCGCAAGGCUAGCAAAGUUGGAUGCCUUUCUGGGGCUGUAGUCGGAUUCAUUGUCGGUGUCGUGGCGUGGCUCGCGACAACUGCAGGAUUGAACAACAAUCUGAUCAACGUUACUACUAGUGGAGGAAAUUAUGAAAUGUUGGCAGGCAACCUCGGCUCUAUCGCUAUCGGAGGUAUCAUAGCCACCAUCGUUUCUCUGAUUUGGCCUGAAGAUUACGACUUUGCUGCGACACGUGCGAUCAAUUCGCCAGCAUCCCACCAUCAGGCACCAGCAGUGGGCGAGGGCGACGUAUACGCGGAGAAAAAGGUACCCGACUCGUCAAUUUCCUCGGUCGUAAACGAAGCACCCAAACUCGACAACGAACUGGACUCCGUUGGUUUGAAUAAGGCGUUCAAGUUUGCUGCUUGGUCCUCUGUUGCCUUAACUCUAAUCUUCAUGAUUCUCAUUCCUCUUCCACUCUUUGGUGCCUCGACGGUUUAUUCCGUAACUGGUUUCACGGUAUGGGUUGUUGUUGGCAUCGUGUGGGCUUUUUGCUCGGCAUUCGCUGUGGUGCUCUACCCUCUGUGGGAGAGUCGUGCCGCCCUGGCCUUGAUAUCACGAGGGAUCAUCAAGGACAUUUUUGCCGAGGGCUCGGGGAAGUAUGUACCCCCAGAAGCCACCGCUGACACUCGAGCAGCGGCAUGAUGUGAUCAAAUAAACUCUGGGAUUAACUGGGUGCUUGACUGUAUUUCGAACGUUUCAAGAAUCAAUAGACCGAUAUACUCUUAAGAUUGUUUCCGACGCAUCUAUCGUGUUAUGACGAACAUGCGGGAUAGUUGGUGUAUGUAUGUACCGCAUGCAGGGUACAAAUGCGUACACGGCAGACAUACGUAGCUAAGUUAACAAGUGAAGAAGGCUUGCCGUAGUUGGAAGUGGCUGUGACACAAAAAGAUGAACUGGAUAUCAUGACAAUGUAUACGUACACGAGG